AUGACUCCGUCAACGCCAUUUCACCUGAAUAGCGACCUCUCUGCUGGCCCAGAUCCACUCCGCAAACCGGCUCCCAACGCCCCACACGUCCUCGUUAUCGGUGCUGGAGUCACGGGUCUAACGACUACCUGGCAUCUUCUGGACACGGGCUAUCACGUAACCAUUAUAUCGAAGGAAUGGGCCAGCUACGGUCGCACCCAGCGUCUUACAUCCCAGGUGGCCGGCGCAUUAUGGGAGCUUCCGCCCACGCAAUGCGGCGGGGUAAGACUUACCGACCAAGAGCUCACCGAAGCCGAUCUGAAAACGGCGCAGCGAUGGGCGCUGGAGAGUUAUGUAAUCUAUGAGAAGCUGGCGGCGAACGCGGAGCUAGCGAGAGCGUUUGGGGUGCGGAUGCCUCUGUGUGCUUCGUUCCACACGUAUCAUGUCCAGGAUGAUGAACCUACGCAUGCCAAAAUGGAGGUUGCAAGGAGGCUGGCCCCGGGACAGUUUCACUGGGGAAUUGAGCUGGCGGGGAAAUAUGGGGUGGAUGUGAGUUCGAAUGGGGGGAUGAAGGAUGCAUACGAGCAUCCGGCGCCGGUGAUCGAUACCGACGUUGCGAUGGCUUUCUUGAUGCGGCUAGUUCGGAGUAAAGGGGCGAGGAUGUACACGGACAGCAUUGUGGGGGAUCUGCGCGAUCAAGAAUCGCACCUGUUGACCACGUAUCGUGCCGAUGCGAUUGUGAAUGCGAGUGGACUUGGAGCUCGAGAGAUUGCCUCGGACCCGAGGGCCCAUUCGUUACGAGGAGGCAUCUUGCGGGUGGUCAACGAUGGAUCGGACUUUCCGAAGAUUGAGAGCUCUAUUAUCGUGGCGGCAGAUGAGGACGCCGAUGGGAAAUACAUCGACAUUGCCUUCAUCGUCCCGCGAAGUGACGAUACAUUGGUUCUUGGGUCCAUCGAGCAAGCCCAUGAGAUGAAUCUCGAUCUCACGCCCAACUCACCAGUAAUCCAGAGGAUGCGCAAGCGAUGCGAAGACCUCGUACCGGUUUUGAAGAAUGCGCGACUAGAUCCUCAAUAUCCAUUCGCACAAGGGCUGCGACCUUAUCGGAACUCCCAGAUUCGGAUCGAGCGCGAAGGAAGGAAGACGCUGGCUGGACAGGACAGUCGAAUCAUUCAUUGCUAUGGGCAUGGUGGGGCCGGAUGGUCGCUUGCCUUUGGGACCAGCAAGGCGUGUCUGGAGGUGGUGGAGGAGGUAGUGAGGAAGCACACAUCUCGUCUUUAG